AUGAUUCAAAAACUUGAAAAUACAUAUGAAUUGUAUUUUUCAAAAGUUGCAAUUGUUAAUGGUGUAUAUUUAAUUGUGGCUUCUUUAAAAGAUAGAAAACUACAGUGCAUUAUUGCAAUAGCAUCAACUACAACACAAGGUGAUGAAGUUGAAUGUAUAGUCAAGGAUCAUAAUAAUUUAUCAUUGAUUAAAUUUACAUGGCCUAAAAUCUUUUCUGAAUACUCUUCUUCAAAAGUGCGUAAUAAUAUAACUUCUUUUCAUGAUAUAAUGCAUGAAUCAGAUUGGCAGAUACAUGUAUUGGCCUUUUUACUUGGAGUUGCUAAAGCCAAUGCAUUUUUAUUAUUUAAAAAAUGGUGUGAAGGAGCAUAUGAUACUUCGCAUUUUAAUUUUAGAUGA